AUGGCAGGAGACGACACCAAGCCCGCUGCUGGGAACACAUCCCCCGUCGCGAGGGAGAAGCUUGAUGCCCAGAUCAAGAGUGCCGACAUGUCCGAAGAAUUACAACAGGAGGUCAUUGAAGUCGCCCAGGAGGCCAUGGCCAAGUACUCCGUUGAGAAGGAUAUCGCCCAGCACAUCAAGAGAACAUUUGAUGAAAGAAAGGGACCUACCUGGCACUGCAUCGUAGGCCGCCACUUUGGCAGCUUCGUGACCCACGAAACCAAGCACUUCAUCUACUUCUACCUCGGUCACUGCGCCAUCCUCCUCUUCAAGACCCAGUAG